AUGUACCAGCACCGAGGCUCCAAGCACAUGGACGCCGGGGAGCUGGGGUCCCACGACCAAGAGGAGGAGAUUCCCCCCGAGGAGGUGUCCGGAGAGGAGUUCCUGGACACCCGGGGCCCGGGAGAGGCGCUGCCCGGGCUGGAGAAGGAUGAGGAGGCUGUGUCCGAGAUGAGCCGGCUGUCGGUGUCCCAGAGGCUCCCGGGCGCGGCCGCCAUGCGAGGCAGGAAGAAGAGAAGGCGGCUCCUGGAGCUGGCGAAACCCAAGACCAACUGGCAAGUGCAGAGGGAGGCGAGAAGCCAGGGGGCGCCGGCGGGCGGUGCGGGCGGUGCGGGCGGGCGGGCGCUGGAGCCAAGGCGCCGGCCUGUCUCACCCAGCACGGCCCGCCGCUGCCAGGGCUUUGCCUGGAUCUCCCCGCGCUUGUGGAGCCUGCAGGUCUGUGUCUACUGGCCAUCCACGUACUGGACGGAGAGGUUUCUCGAGGACACCACCCUCACCGUCACCGUGCCCGUGGUGUCCCGCCGGGUGGAGGAGCUGGCCCGACCGAAGAGGUUCUACUCGGAGUAUUACAACAGCAGCAGGACCACCCCCAUCUGGCCCAUUUCCAAGGCCACCCUGGAGUGCCAGCCGUCCAGCCGCCUGCGGGAGCUGGCCACCCCGAAGGUCCGGAACAACAUCUGGAGCCUCAACAUGUCCGAGGUGUCCCAGGUGUCCCGGGCUGCCCAGAUGGCCAUCCCCAGUUCCAGGAUCCUCCAGCUGGCUAAGCCCAGGGCUCCAGCCACCCUGCUGGGAGAGUGGGACCCCGUGCUGAAGCCCAAGCCCCACGUGUCAGACUACAACCGCCUCCUCCACUUGGCCACGCCCAAGGCCCAGUCGGACCAGUGUGUUCCUGACCGAGACCCACGCUGGGAGGUGCUGGAGGUCACCAAGAGGGCAGUGGCCAGUCCUCGCAUCGUCUCCCUGGCGAAGCCCAAGGUGCGCAGGGACCUCAACGAGGGCUACGACCCCUACCGCAUCUCCCCGGCCUCCCUGGUGGCCCAGGCGUCCCCUCGCCUCUACGAGCUUGCCACCCCCAAGGGCAUCACCAAAAAAGUGUGAGUGACCCAGGCCCGGCCUCUGAGGCCCGUUCCCAGUAAACACCAAGUGCAUCUGAACCCUGUGUGUGGCUGCUCCGAGUGCUCCAGCCUGGAGGGAGGCGGGCAGGACCUCGAGAGGAGGGAUAAUAAUAAUAUUUAUGUUGGUACCCAACCUGCGGUCUGUCCAGCCCUUUUAUUUUCCAAGUCACUUUCACCUGCCGCCUCAGGUUCUCUGAGGUCGGACUUCGGCCUUGUCCACGUCAGAGCCGCCCUCGGAACCUCUCACAUCCAGCUGCGUUCUGGGGUCCACACACACCGCAGACUCGGAGAAAACAAGCUGAUGCUGACUGCACGGCUCGUUGAUCUUUAUGGCGACCCAACGAUGGGGCUAUAAUUGUCCCCAUUCAUGAGAUGGAAACUGAGGCUCAGAGAGGCUGGGAAGGACC